AUGACCCAUAACAGCCCCCCCAGUGCCCUGGUGACAGGAGCCAAUCGAGGCCUAGGACUAGAGCUGGUGCGGCAGCUUCUGACAUUGCCUCAACCUCCCAAGCUGGUGUUUGCUACCUGUCGAAACCCCAAUGGACCCCAAGCACAGAGCCUUCAGGAACUGGCAGAAAAAGAACCAAAUCUACGGAUCCUUCGUCUUGAUGUCACAGACCCCACAUCCAUCCAGUUAGCUGAGACACAGGUGCGAAAUUACCUGAGUGGUGAAGGUCUAGCCCUGCUGGUCAACAAUGCUGGAAUACUGAUACCUUCAUCUCUGCAUGAAGAGAAGGCAUCCAGCAUGCAUCUGUCCUACCAGACCAAUGUUGUGGGGCCCCUGCUCCUUGGCCAGGUCUUUGGCUCUCUACUGAAGAAGGCUGCUUCCAUUCACUCCAAAAAGGAACUGAGCUGGGCAAGGGCUGCCAUCAUCAAUAUGGGCAGUGCUGCAGGUUCCCUCACAGAAUUACUGGGCUGGGAGUACGGACAGGCUACGUCUUACCGCUGUAGUAAGGUGAACAGAGCUGCUCUGAAUAUGCUGACCCGGUGCCAAGGUCUAACCUAUGCUAAGGAAGGCAUCCUGUGUGCAGGCAUCCACCCUGGCUGGGUGAAAACGGACAUGAGCUCCAUCUCUGAGUACACUCCCAUGCUGACAGUGACAGAGUCCAUCCAGGGUGUUCUGAAGGUGAUGGCGCAGCUCACAGAGAAGGAAGCAGGGGCCUUCCUGGACUGGGAGGGUCAUGUCGUCCCCUGGUGA